AUAGUGAGGGCUGCAAGGGGGGAUCUGAGGGGCUCAGGCUGGGGGAAGAAGGAAGGGGUGGAAUCCUGUCAUAGUUCUUUCUCUUUAUUCACUUGAACUAUCUGAACAUGCUGGUUACAAAGUGGCUUGCCGGUCUCAUCUGUCAUCUUUGCGUUCUGCAAACUCGCUCUUGGGAAAGCCGUCUUCACCCCAAACAAGCCAGUUUCGUAAAGAACCUUCCAUCAUAUGAGAUUAUAACACCCACACGAAUAAAUGAUUUUGGGGAAGACUUUCCACACACUCAUCAUUUCCGAAGAAAGAAAAGAAGUCUAGAGACUAACGUCUCAGAACCACCUGUCCACAGGACGCAUUAUCGAUUCAGUGCUUAUGGACAGCUCUUCCAGUUCAACCUUACCAUGGACACCGAUUUUAUUGCCGACUCUUAUAGAGUUAUCCAUAUUGGAAACCAAAGUGAAUUUCAUUAUGACUUCUCAGACCUCAGACACUGCUUCUUCAAAGGACACGUCAAUGCUUUGGAAACCAAUACUGCUGUAUUUAGUCUAUGUGGGGGCAUGAUUGGAACUUUUAAAGCACAAGAUGGUGAAUAUUUUUUAGAGCCACUGAUCAAAACAGAUGGUGGGGACUAUGAAGAUGAGCUCAGUAAGCCGCACAUCAUCUACAAAAAUGAAAGAAAGAAUAAUGAUCCUUCUGUGAAUGCGCAUGCAAACUGUGACACCUCAGACCAUGUUAUGGAUGAAAAACUCUUACCGCUGCAUGUGUCAAGCAACUUAGGAAAGGACAUUUAUAAUUUCCAAAAUACUUAUUUUAUACCACACACAUUACCAAACAGGACACAGGAGGAAAAUGGAAACAAGUCACAUGUCCGAAGGAAACGUUUUCUCUCUUAUCCAAGAUAUGUAGAAGUCAUGGUAACAGCUGAUGUUAAAAUGGUUCGGCAUCAUGGAAGAAAUUUACAGCACUACAUUUUAACACUAAUGUCAAUAGUUGCUUCAAUUUAUAAAGAUCCUAGUGUUGGGAAUCUCAUAAACCUCAUGAUUGUAAAGCUUAUUGUGAUUCACAGUGAACAGGAAGGUCCAACAAUCACUUUUAAUGCAGCAACAACACUACACAAUUUUUGUGUUUGGCAAAAAACUCAGAACGUAGCUGAUGAUUCUCACCCUUCUCAUCAUGAUACAGCAAUACUCCUUACAAGGGAAGAUAUAUGUAGAGCCAGAGAUAAGUGUGAUACCUUAGGUUUGGCCGAGCUGGGUACAAUAUGUGAUCCCUUUCGAAGUUGUUCCAUAAGUGAAGAAAAUGGACUUGGUGCUGCAUUUACAAUAGCACAUGAACUGGGACAUGUAUUUAAUAUGCCUCAUGAUGAUAGCCUAAAAUGCAAAGAAACAGGUGCUAAGAACGAUUUUCACGUGAUGGCAGCAACCUUAAAUUACCAUACAAAUCCAUGGACCUGGUCAAAAUGCAGCCAGAAAUAUAUCACAGAGUUUCUAGAUACUGGUUAUGGGGAAUGCCUCCUAGAUAAGCCCAAUGGAAGAAUCUAUGAUCUUCCACAUCUACUCGCAGGUGUAAUAUACAAUGCAAAUAAACAAUGUGAAUUAAUGUUUGGCGCUGGGUCACAAGUAUGUCCUUAUUUGAAACAAUGCAAACGACUGUGGUGCACUAGUGUGGAAGGUGUACAUAAGGGUUGUCGCACUCAACAUAUGCCUCUGGCAGAUGGAAGUGAUUGUGGUCACGGAAUGCAUUGCCGUGGUGGUCUUUGUGUUAACAAAGAGAUUGAUACGCGUACUGUUGAUGGUGAAUGGGGAUCGUGGAGCCCCUACAGUUCUUGCUCGAGAAGCUGUGGUGGUGGAAUCAAAACUACUUCCAGAGAUUGCAAUCAUCCAAAGCCAAAAAAUGGUGGGAAAUAUUGUGUAGGGAGGAGGAUGAAAUUUCGAUCAUGUAACACUGAGACUUGUUCAAAAGUAAGGAGAGAUUUCCGAGAUGAGCAGUGUUCAAAUUUUGAUGGAAAACAUUUCAACAUCAAUGGCUUGACAACCAAUGUGCGUUGGAUCCCAAAGUAUAGUGGCAUUCUUAUAAAAGAUCGUUGCAAGCUUUUUUGCCGUGUAUCUGGAUCAGCAUCCUACUACCAGCUGAAAGACAGAGUCAUAGAUGGUACACCUUGUGGACCUGACAGUGAUGACCUGUGUGUUCAAGGAUUAUGCAGGCAAGCUGGCUGUGAUCAUGUAUUGAAUUCCAAAGCAAGAAAAGAUAAAUGUGGAGUCUGUGGGGGUGAUAAUUCCUCGUGUAAGACCAUGGCUGGCACUUUCAAUAAUGCACAAUACGGUUACAACUCCAUCGCCAGAAUUCCUAUGGGGGCAACGAAUAUUGACAUACAACAGCAUAGCUAUUCUGGACGACCUGAUGAUGACAACUACCUGGCAUUAUCUGACAGUCAAGGCAAUUUCGUUCUCAAUGGUAAUUUUGUUGUGAGCAGAUUUAAAAAGGAAGUAAAUAUUAAAGGUGUCACUUUGGAAUACAGUGGAUCAGACAGCACAGUAGAGCGAAUCAAUUGCACAGAUCGACUUGAGGAAGAAAUAAUUCUACAGGUAUUGUGUGUAGGAAACUUAUACAACCCUGAUGUACGAUAUUCCUACAGUAUUCCCAUUGAAGAUAAAAUUGACCAAUUUACAUGGGACCCUAAAGGUUCUUGGCAAAGCUGCAACAAGAUGUGUCAAGGAGUUCGACGAAGAAAAAUGAUGUGCAUUCGCAAGAAUGAUCGUGUUAAUGUUUCUGAACAGAGAUGUGAACAUUUGCCUCGCCCUGAAGUACUUACAGAGCCAUGUAAUAAUGAUUGUCAGUUUAGGUGGCAUGUAACCGGCAAAAGUGACUGCACAUCACAGUGUGGGCCAGGAUAUCGAACACUAGAUAUACGCUGUAUAAAAUAUUCAUCUGGAAAAGGACUUAGUACCCCCAUGGAUGAUAAGUUAUGUGGAAACCAAGCGAAACCUUCACAUAGAGAACCUUGCCAUGGAGACUGUCACUUAUCGAGCUGGCAUUAUACAGAAUGGUCACAGUGCUCUCGAAGCUGUGGAAGAGGGUUACAGUCCAGAGAAGCUUACUGCAUGAACAACUUUGGCCGUCGAAUGAGUGACCGAGAAUGCAAUGAACAUCUCAAAAUUGUUACUCAGAGCUGCAGUGAUCAUUCAUGUCCUGUCUGGUCCACAAAUGAAUGGAGUGAAACAUUAUAAAAUUAACAGUGUCUGGUGACCUGUGGUAAAGGGCACAAAACGUCGGCAUGUGUCAUGCAGCUUAAUGACGAACAACUGAAAGAUAGUUAUUGUGAUCCAAACAGCAAACCUGAAUCAGUUAAAUCUUGUGAGCUUCCAGAAUGCGCAUCAUGGCAAAUGGGACCUUGGUGACCUUGUACUUCUACAUGUGGGCAUGGAUAUCAGAUGCGCACAAUAAGAUGCAUCUCAGGGGCCUAUGGGUCUUCAUUGGAUGAAGGAGAAUGUAAUGCUGCAUCCCGUCCUACAGAAAGCCAGGAUUGUGAAAUGCCACCUUGUCAAAGGGGAUUUGCCUGUGGUUUACAACAUCAUCUCCUUUUUGAUCAAAGGUACACACAGUGGAGAUAUGGAUCAUGGACUCCUUGUUCUGCUUCCUGUGGAAGAGGUAAUCGUGCUCGCUAUGUGAGCUGCAGAGAUGCAUAUGGUGGUGUUGCAGAUGAAUCAUAUUGUGUUCAUCUACCGCGGCCAGCUGAAGUUUCAACUUGCUUUACUUCUUGUGGAGAAUGGCAAUCAGGGGACUGGUCUCCUUGUCCAGUAACUUGUGGAAGUGGAAAAGUAAUGCGACAGGUAGUUUGUGUCAGUUACCAUCAAAGGAUUGAAGACAAUAACUGUGAUCCUGAUAGCCGACCCAUUAAUGAGCAAGAUUGUAUUAUGAGCUCCUGCAACCUGUUCAAUCAUUACCCUAAUAAUUAUGAUCAUCCAAUGAGAAUCCCGCAUCAUGAAAAUCCCCAAAUUCACAGGGGGCAUAAUAUACUUGACAACCAAAGAGACAAAGCUUCUGCCCAAGAAAAACAGUGGAGAACGGGUCCUUGGGGAGCAUGUAACUCCACCUGUGCAGGUGGAUUUGAACGCAGGGCUGUAGUGUGCCAAGACGAAGAGGGAAGGAAGAGUGAUAUGUGUGACCAAGCAUCUAGACCAGCAGAAUCAAGGCAUUGUGACUCAGGACCUUGUCCUCGUUGGAACCAUGGAAGCUGGGAGAGGGUAAUCUUUUGUACACAGACGUGUGGAGGUGGGAUGAAAACAAGACUCGUCAUUUGCCAGAGUAUAAAUGGACACGUUUUGGAUGAUCACAACUGUGAAAUCCUUGAUAAACCACCAAAUGUGGCCCAGUGUAACACACAUGCAUGCCCUGCUGAUGCUUCAUGGCAUCCAGGACCGUGGAAUUCGUGUUCAGUCACAUGCGGUAAGGGAGUAAAAGAGAGAGAGGUGCACUGUGUUAUGAAAGAACAAGGGAAAGUGGAAGAGAAGAACUGUGAAUAUUUACGAAAGCCUCGUGUGCAGAAAGUCUGUAGAGCAGGCAGAUGUCCUUCAUGGAAGGUUGGAAAUUGGAACAAGUGUUCUGUAACAUGUGGAGUUGGAAUCCAUCACAGGGAAGUGUAUUGUAGAGUAAAAGGCCAAGGCCAUGUUCAAGAAACACUCUGCAAUCAGAGUACUCGUCCAGAAAGUGAGAAAAGCUGCUGGCUUCCUGACUGUGUCCGGUACUAUUGGAUGGCAGAUGAAUGGCCAGAUUGUUCAACAGACUGUAAGAAUGGUGAAGCCAGAAGAACGGUGAAGUGUGUGGAUAUCAGCAGAAGAUAUGUCAGUGAAAGCUACUGUGAUCCAACCACAAAACCAUCUUCUACAAGAAAAUGCAAGAAUGUGCCCUGCAAGUACAUUGUAGUCACGGAGGAUAUAUCACAGUGUACUGGUCUGUUCUGUUGGUCUGGCUACAAGCAAAAAAUAACUUAUUGCAAGAAAGUGCAACCCACCAAUCAUCAAUAUCAGUUUGGUGUCAGAACUAUACGCUACAAAAACUGCCCAAUUCGACCUUACACAUUUGAUCAUAAGUGCAAAGGGAAAAACUGUGUACAAUUAGCCGGCUGGAGAGUUGGAAAAUGGAACAAGUGUUCUGUAACAUGUGGAGUCGGAAUCAUCGAGAGGAGGGUGGUAUGCAUGUCAGAAGAUGGUUCUCCAAGUGAACUAUGUUCAUCGCAUGUGAAACCUCCUGCAAGAAAGACAUGCGUGUCAAGGCACUGUAAUUUCAAAAGCUGCAGAGAAAUACGCCUAUUGAAUAAUAUUCAAAAUGAUGGGGAAUAUACAUUAACAAUCAAUAAUCGCAAAGCAAAGGUUUACUGUUCAGGAAUGCAGUCAGGCAGUCCAAAGGAAUAUGUAACAUUGGUUAAAGGAGAAGCAGACAAUUUUUCUGAAGUAUUCGGAUACAGACUCAAAAAUCCAUACGAAUGCCCUUUUAAUGGUAGCAGAAAACAAGACUGUGCAUGCAAGAACGAUUAUCUGGCUGCUGGAUAUACUGCCUUUACUAAAAUAAGGCUGGACAUCAUCUCAAUGCAAAUUAAAACUACAGAUCUUCUCUUUGCUCACACUCUUCUUGGACGAGCUGUUCCAUUUGCCACUGCAGGAGAUUGCUAUAGUGCUGCCAAAUGUCCACAGGGGCAAUUCAGUAUAAACCUUUCUGGCACGGAUUUUAGAAUAUCAAAUACAGUGCAGUGGAUUGCUCAAGGGAAUUAUGCAACUGUUAAUGUACAUAGAUCACAGGAUGGGGCAAAAAUCUAUGGAAGAUGUGGAGGAUAUUGUGGAAAAUGUGUUCCUCAUUCAAGUGUUGGUCUCCAGGUCCAAGUGCAUUAAAUACAUUCAACAAAUUUCAGACUCCGGUGCUAAUAAACAAAACAGACAUUGCCUUUUU